UCGUCGAACGUCAGUUUGACUGAAAGUUUUUUUUUCAUUGUUGCUAUUGGUUUUUCUUCUAUUCAAGCCACAGGCAGAAUCAAGAAUAUAUUUUCCAUAAAAAUAUGUGAAUGGAAAGUUUCUCGGUUUCAAGUCUCUUAAUUUACAAUUUUACAAAAUGUUUAAGACAGUGCCAAACACGAAAUUUAUGUUUAUGGCCAUGGUGCAAGCCGGUUGUAUUGGACACUGUGUUUUUGAGUAUUUGGCCAAUUUGGUUACGACAAGUGGACCAUCGAUGGAACCAGCGAUAACACCAAAUAGUAUCCUCCUUACUGAACGAAUCAGUAAACGAUUACAGAUCUAUGAACACGGUGACAUUGUUAUUGCCAAGAGUCCGAUCGAUCCAGAAAUGUUGGUGUGCAAACGAGUUGUGGGUUUGCCUGGUGACAAAAUUUAUAUGAAACCUCGCAUAAGCUUUAAUCCAUUUGGCACCUCUAAAUCAGAAGUUAAACCAUUAUUCAAAGAUGAUGAACUAAAAGACAUCAUGCCAUUCAUUGAUGCCGAAGAAGAAAAUGCAUUCAAUACGGACAAAUCAAAACACAUUAACAAUCAAGACUCAGCCAUGAGAACAUUUCGCAGUCAAGUGAUAAUCGUACCAAAGGGACAUUUAUGGCUUGAAGGUGAUAACAGCGAAAAUUCGAUUGAUUCGCGCACGUACGGUCCGGUCCCAAUGGGGUUGAUUCAAAGUCGAGCUGCAUUUCGAUUAUAUCCCGAUUUUACGGUUAUAUCCAAUAAUAAUAACUAGCCACAUAGUCCAUAUAUGACAUGGCUUACCAUUAGAUUUUUAUGUUGACAAAUAUUUUUUCAAUAAAAUUCAUAUCUAUGUGUGAUUAA